AUGGUUGUUCAUAUCCUAGGGAAAGCUUUCAAAGGGAAAGAAGUCAUAAAGAUUGCAUUAGCAUCUAAAUUUUAUGGGAUAGGUCCUAAAACUUCAGAACAAUUAUGUUCAAAAUUAGGAUUCUAUCCUUGGAUGCGUAUGCAUCAAUUAACUGAAGGUAACAUUAUGAGUAUAACGAGUGAGUUAUCGAAAAUGACCAUUGAAGAUGAUGCACGAGCUAUCGUGAGAGAAAAUAUUCAAUUGAAAAAGAAUAUUGGUAGUUAUCCAGGUAUUAGGCAUUCUAUGAACUUACCUGUAAGAGGUCAAAAUACAAGAAAUAAUGCAAAGACGGCUAGAAAAUUGAAUAGAUUGAAUAGAAUUGGUUGA